GCUCGCCGAGUCAAAUGCGAUGAAACGCCGGGGGCGUGCGACAACUGCACGCGGACCGGACGGCAGUGCGAGUAUGAUCUGCACCGGAUUCCCGAGCGCGCACGCGUCGGCAGCGUCGUUGCGCCGGCGGCCCAGAUCUCGCUGCCGUGGAAGAUGACCUCGGACGAGCGACGGUGCCUGUCGUUCUUCCAGCACCGCUCGGUGCCCCAUCUGGUGGCCUUCUUUGACUCGCCGCUCUGGCAGCGCCUGAUUCUGCAGCUCUGCCACCACGAGCCCGCCGUCUUCCACGCGGUGAUCGCAUUGGGCGCCAUGAACCAGGCGUAUGAAAUCGAGGGCGGUCGGCGGCAGCGACAGAACCAAUGGUACUCGUUCGCCGUGGAACAAGCCAGCCGGGCGAUCAGCAAGCUCAACGAGCGACGACAGUCGGCCGACCCGCACUUCCAGCGGGUGAUACUGGCGUGCUGCCUGCUGUUCGUGAUGUGCGAGCUGCUGCACCAGAACCCGAGCCGGGCGACCUUCCACCUCCAAUGCGGGCUGCACAUCCUCCGGGGGAUGAACGUGCGCCGCCAGAGCAGCAGCGCAGGGCUGACCUUCACCGUGCCCGACGGGCCCAACCCGUACCCGGUGGAGGAAUGCGUGGUGGACGCGUUCCUGGGGCUGCAGAUGUGCGCCAUCUUCUACGGGACCAAAUACCCGCUCCACUUCGACACGGAGCUCGUCUACCACCAACCCUACCACGGCGUCUACCUGCACGGGGCCCAGGCCUUCCGGGACUGGGGCCACGCCCGCCAGAUCCUGACCCCGCUGCUCGACACGAUGGCCCUCUUCGUCGCCGAGAGCUGGUAUCUCCGCGACGCCGAGAUCGCCGCCCGCUACGCCGCCCUGCACCACCGCCAGCACCGCCUCCUCGCCUACUUUACCCGCUACCUCCACCUCUUCCACGAGUUCUGCCACGGCACCCUCCACCCCCGGAUUACAUUGGACCACGAAAAGCUCACCCGCGAAGCCCACAUCACGCGCCUGUCCUGCCUCUACUCCCUCCUCGCCAUCAAGAUCGCCCUCUUCAGCAAGGAGCGCCCGCUGCCCCCCCCCCCACUUCCUCGCCCAAGGAGCGCCCGCUGCCUCCUCCCGGACUUCCUCGCCGUCCUCACCGCCGCCGAGGCGGCCAUCGCCCGCUUUCCGAUGGUGACCGAGUCGACCAACACCGCGGGUCGCCCCGCCGUCACCGCCCGCCCGGAGAUCGUCCCCGCCCUGUGCGUCGCCACCAUGCGCUGUCCGGACUUCGGGCUGCGGUGUCGCGGCCUCGCCGCCCUGCGCGGCUGGGACGCCCAGGAGGCGUUCAUGGGCGCCGCGUUCAAUGCGGAUCUGAUCGAGGAGGUCAUGAAGGUGGAGUUGUUGGUCCGGUAUCGUGCCGGGGAGGAGAGUGUGUUGGAGGGGGUGAGGUUUGAGAUGGGCAUGGGGACGGGCAGGAAGACGGGUGAGCAGGGCAGGAGCGGGAGCGGGAGCGGACUCCGCCCCGCCGCGGCGCGGAUUGGGUACCGCGGGAGCGACGGGGUGGAGCGCGCCCAUUGUGUGGUGUUGGUGCGGAACGAGGCAACUGGCGGCGGAGCUGCGCGCUAUCGAGGGGUCGGCGGCGUGGCCGUGUGUGCGGUAUCUGCAGCUGUUGGAUCAUUUGUAGCGUUUUUAGGGGGGGGGGGGGCGUUGUGUCCUGGGGCGCAGUAG